AAGUUGCCUAAUCGUGCGUUAAAUGUUUAUAUAUCUUUGUAGGUUAUGAUUUUUCGUAUGAAGUUAUAUUCGAUUUUAAUUUUUAAUAUAGUGUACAAUACAUCGUGUUAUGCCUUUUUGUCUCAGCUGUUUCUAAUGCGUUUAAAUAAAAGGGUAGUAAAUUGAAACUGUUUGCGUAUUUAAAAAUUAUGUGCUGUUCCUUUGAGUGUCUUUUAAUGCUCUAAAAUUUCAGUAUGAUUUUUUUAAAGAAUGAAGAAUUUUAUCCUUCAGUUCAUAUUAAUUUCUUGAAAAGAUUUCUGCAUCACGCUUCGAAGUCGUGGUCUUCGCACGAUUCGUCACGUUUAACUUUGGCAUUUUUUGCCAUAUCGGGGUUAGAUAUUCUGAAUGCGUUAGAUACGUUAAACGAAGACGAAAAAAGUGAAAUUUGUGAUUGGAUUUACAAACUUCAAGUUGUUCCUGUGGAAGGUGGUGAUGGAAGUUGGGAUCGCUGUGGUUUCCAAGGGUCAACGACUUUCUGUUUACCCGAUGACGGCCUUGAGAAUCACGUUUCUCAGUACGAGUGUGGCCAUUUAGCAAUGACUUACACAGGUCUGGCAUGCUUAGUGAUUCUGGGAGAUGACUUGAGUAGAGUCAACAGAAAAGCAGUGAUUCAUGGUGUGAGGUCACUGCAGCAAGCUGAUGGCAGUUUUUGUGCCACAUUGUCUGGUAGUGAGAGCGACAUGAGGUUUGUUUACUGUGCAGCCUGCAUUUGUUACAUACUCUGUGAUUGGUCUGGCAUUGACUCGCAGAAGACCCUAAACUACAUCCUGGAAAGCUUGUCUUAUGACUUUGGAUUUUCUCAAAGGCCAGAGUGUGAGUCUCAUGGUGGCACAACAUAUUGUGCUGUCGCAACACUGGCAUUAAUGAAUCAGGUAGAACUGCUCAGUAAAAAACAGCUAGAUGGUCUUAAGAGGUGGUUACUAUUUCGCCAGGUGUCUGGAUUUCAAGGUCGCCCCAAUAAACCUCCAGAUACUUGCUAUUCAUUUUGGAUUGGAGCAACUCUAAAGCUCCUAGGAGUGUUUCAUCUUAGCGACUUCAAGGAGAACAAGAAGUACAUAAUGUCAACACAGGAUACUCUGUCUGGAGGCUUUUCAAAAUGGGAGGACACCACCACUGAUCCGCUCCACACUUACUUUGGUCUGUGUGGCCUCAGCCUUAUGAACGAGGGCGGUCUGCUUCCCGUUCACCCGGGUCUGAACAUCAGCCAGAGGGCCCACAAACACUUGGAGAACUUGCACAAGAUGUGGGAGUACUGACAAGACAGUGUGUGUGUGGAAUACAUACAUGUAGCACAAGUGUGACUGCACAUAUCAGAUCAGAUGGAUGAUGAUGACUUGUGUGAUAUUUUACUAUCUCAGUUGAUGUGAACGGUGUGCUCAAGAAAGCUUUGUUUAGUUAUUAUUGUACGCACAAAAUAAACGGCUUUACUUAUUUUGUAACUGACACCCGAUACUCAAAAAUUUUGAUGUUGAAGAAAUCACAUAAUUGAAGGUUUCAGUGAGGAACAUAAAAUGGAACAGCUAUAAGGUAGUCCUAAAUUUGUUGAAAAAUGAAAAGUAUCAAAAUAAAAUUGAGAUGGAAUGGUAUGUAGGUUUACACUUGGCUCUCUGAAUCGGGUGUAUUCCUUUUUAAUAAAUUAUACGAAGUGUGAGGUUUGGAAGUUGUCCAAGUUGUUGUCCUAGGAUUACAUGUCCAAACAGAUUGCCAUCUGUUCUUGCCAUGGAUAAUUUUAUUCUUUCGGAAUGUUUUCUCAAAAGUAUAAACUAAUUUUUCUGUAAGGAUAAAAGUAACAUUGUCAUGCAAGUACUACAAUAUUGUACAUUCCAUAUGUUCAUAAAUAAUACCAGUUGAAAUUUGUGAA